AUGGCACCAUGGAACGCUGCCAAGGCCAAGGCGCAGUCUCAACGUCGCAUUGUCAGGUUAGGCGUACAGAGGCUACGAACACUCCAAGAGAAGAAGCUAGCACAAGCUAAGGCAUCUCGGAGAGACAUUGCGCUGCUGCUCGAGAAAGGGCGGCUGGAGACGGCGAGGAUUAAAACAGAGAACAUAAUCAAUGAGGACAUAUACGUCGAGCUUCUUGAGCUUCUCGAACUCUACUGCGAGCUCCUCAUUGCGCGUUUCGGUCUGCUUGACCAGAGCACAAGAGAGCCCGAUCCAGGUGUCAGUGAAGGCGUCUGCGCUAUCAUCUUCGCCGCCCCACGGACCGAGCUCAAAGAGCUCCAUGUCUUGCGUGACAUCCUCAUGCACAAGUUCGGCCGCGACUUUGCGCUCGCCGUGAUCGAGAACCGUGACGGCUGUGUGAGCGAUCGGGUCGCGCGCAAGCUAGACAUCGCCACCCCGUCCACGGCGCUCGUCGACGCGUACCUCUCCGAAAUCGCCAAGGGUACGGCGUCGACUGGUCCCCGGCCAGGGCCGACGGAACCCGCAGUGGCGACGGAGAAGGAGAAGGAGGACGCGCAGAAGCCGCCGAGCGCAGACGCGAUCGCAGCGGAGGCGCGGAGCGCGGGCGCACGCACGCCUAAGCUGCCCGAGGUGCCCGUGGACGAUGACGGCAACGGGAAGGAGAAGGAGAGGGCGGAGGCGCAGCAGAAGGCGGCCGCGGCUGCGGCGAAGUUCGCGCCCCCGCCGGACCCCCCGAAGAACAAAGAAGAGGAGGACGAGUUCGACGCGUUGACGAAACGCUUUGAGGCACUGAAGAAGCGGUAG